AUCAGGUGAUUGCGGAAGUAACUUCACUCUGCGGGUUCAGGGUUCCGCCUCUAAACUAGCUAGCUAAAUAAAUGAUUAUCCCUCUACCCAAAACAAACGACUUUCCUUUUUAUAAGACUCAUUUGGAAUAUAGCAGCAAUUCACCAUUGCAAUCUGCAGUAGAUAUUUAAGGAAACAUGGCUGGACAUCUACCGGCUUGUGUAGUUGACUGUGGCACAGGGUACACAAAGAUUGGAUAUGCUGGAAACACAGAGCCACAGUUUAUUGUUCCUUCAUGUAUUGCCAUCAAGGAGUCGGCCAAGGUUGGAGACCAAGCCCAGCGCAGGAUGACGAAGGGGGUGGACGAUCUGGACUUUUACAUCGGUGACGAGGCAAUAGACAAACCAAAUUAUGCAACAAAGUGGCCCAUUCGUCAUGGGAUCGUGGAAGACUGGGAUCUCAUGGAGAGGUUCAUGGAACAGGUCAUCUUCAAGUAUCUGAGGGCAGAGCCCGAGGACCACUACUUCCUCUUGACAGAGCCUCCUCUGAAUACACCUGAAAACAGAGAGUACACAGCAGAGAUUAUGUUUGAGUCCUUCAACGUUCCAGGUCUUUACAUCGCUGUACAGGCGGUCCUGGCGCUGGCAGCCUCAUGGACCUCCAGACAAGUGGGCGAGAGGACACUGACGGGGACGGUGAUUGAUAGCGGUGAUGGGGUCACCCACGUCAUCCCAGUGGCGGAAGGCUAUGUAAUCGGUAGCUGUAUAAAGCACAUCCCCAUCGCUGGUCGAGACAUCACCUACUUCACCCAGCAGCUGCUGAGAGAGCGGGAGGUGGGCAUCCCACCAGAGCAGUCAUUGGAAACAGCCAAAGCCGUCAAGGAAAGGUUCAGUUAUGUCUGCCCUGACCUGGUGAAAGAGUUCAACAAGUACGAUACGGACGGCUCCAAGUGGAUCAAGCAGUACACGGGCAUCAACUCCAUCAGCAAGAAGGAGUUCACCAUCGACGUGGGCUAUGAGCGCUUCCUCGGCCCCGAGAUCUUCUUCCACCCAGAGUUUGCCAACCCUGACUUCACCCAGCCCAUCUCCGAGGUUGUUGAUGAGGUCAUUCAGAACUGUCCUAUUGAUGUCAGACGUCCCCUCUAUAAGAACAUUGUGCUCUCUGGAGGCUCCACUAUGUUCAGAGAUUUUGGCCGUCGUCUGCAGAGGGACCUGAAAAGGACAGUGGACGGCAGACUGAAACUCAGUGAGGAACUGAGCGGUGGCAAGUUGAAGCCCAAACCCAUCGACGUGCAAGUCAUCACUCACCACAUGCAGAGAUACGCUGUUUGGUUUGGCGGGUCCAUGUUGGCAUCAACUCCGGAAUUUUACCAAGUGUGCCACACCAAAAAAGACUAUGAGGAGAUCGGACCGAGCAUCUGUCGCCAUAAUCCUGUCUUCGGGGUCAUGUCUUAAAAAGGACUUCCCUCAGUUAUCACUGGAGCUUGCAGUUGGAGCAGAAUGGAGUGAACGGACAGAAGCAGAGUGGCAUUACUGCACUACGGUCGCUGCUUAAUCUAGCCUAUUUCCAGGGCUGCGGUUACAGACAAAAUACAUGAAGAGAAUGACAUAGAAAUAGAAUGACUAGAUUCUAUUCCUAUGGAGAAUGACUCAUUUAUCAACUGCAGACCAAACUAUCAGGCUGACAAACGGGGGUGAAUAUCUAUGUAAAAGAGAAGGAAAUGGUGUCUUAAAGGCAAAAGCAUUUUCAGAGCAAUUGUGUGGACACAAAAUAAUGUGCAAGAACAUAAUAAAGUCAAUUCAUGUAUGAUUAA